GUCCUGCUGCAGAUCCUCAUCAUCCUCACAGGUAACUACAACUUCUUCAACAUGCUGACCAUCGUCCUGGCCUUCUCCCUGCUGGAUGAGGAGCACGUGGGACCCUGGCAGGGACGUGGCAAGAGGAGACACGCCAGCGCCUGGCCCCCCAGCCUGCGCUCCCUGCUCUCCACGCUGCUGGAGCUGAGCACCUACAGCCUCCUGCUCUACUGGAGUGUCCAGUACUUCGGCCUGGAGAUCAACUGGGAGAAGAAGCUGCUGGACUCCAAAGUGGCCUUCACCUAUCACGAGUUCAUGACAUGGCUGCGGGCGGUGACCCUGCCACUGGUGGGACUGGCCUUCCUCUCACUCUCCUGGGAGAUACUCUCUGCCAUGUACAGGUCUGCCUGUGUUCGUGGCUGCUUCUGGAAGCUGUGGGCCACGCUGCAGUGGGCUGUCUUCACCAGCACCCUGGGGAUGUUUGCCAUCAGCCUGGUGCCUUUCACCUACAUCGACUACGAGUCCACCGGCAAGCUCUGGCCUGGCAUCCACCAGAUGUUCAAUGCUGUGGAACGGUUCCAGGUGGUGAAUUCCUACGGGCUCUUCCGCAGGAUGACGGGAAUCGGGGGAAGGCCCGAGGUGGUGCUGGAGGGCAGCUACGACAGGCAGAGCUGGACU